AUGGCCGACUCAAGCGAGCAGAUGCAGGCCAAGAUCGUCGCCGCCAGACGCGAGGCCGAGGUGCUCAAGGACCGCAUCAGACACCGCAGAGACGACCUCGCGGACACCACCCUCCGCCAGGUGGCCCAGAACAACACCGACCCCCUCCCGAGAAUCGGGAUGCGCCCGCGCCGCAACCUCAAGGGACAUCUCGCCAAAAUCUACGCCAUGCACUGGUCCACGGACCGCCGCCAUCUCGUCUCCGCCUCCCAGGACGGCAAGCUCAUCAUCUGGGACGCCUACACGACGAACAAGGUCCACGCCAUCCCCUGCGCUCUCUGGCUCUCCGGCCACUCGGGCUACCUCUCCUGCUGCCGUUUCAUCAACGACCGCCGCAUCCUCACCUCCUCCGGCGACAUGACCUGCAUCCUCUGGGACAUCGAGUCCGGAGCCAAGAUCACCGAGUUUGCCGACCACCUCGGAGACGUCAUGAGCAUCAGCAUCAACCCUACCUCCAACGACGUCUUCGUCUCCGGCGCCUGCGACAUGUUCGCCAAGCUGUGGGACAUCCGUGUCGGCAAGGCCGUCCAGACCUUCUCCGGCCACGAGUCCGACAUCAACGCCAUCCAGUUCUUCCCGGACGGCAACGCCUUUGGCACCGGCUCGGACGACACCACCUGCAGGCUAUUCGACAUCAGGGCCGACAGAGAGCUCAACGUCUACCAGCAGAGUGACCAAGUGCUCUGUGGCAUCACAUCGGUAGCCUUCUCCGUCUCUGGACGGCUGCUCUUUGCCGGUUACGAUGACUACGAAUGCAAGGUCUGGGACGUCUUGAGAGGAGAAAAGGUUGGCUCGCUAAGCGGCCAUGAGAACCGAGUCAGCUGUCUCGGUGUCAGUAACGACGGAAUAAGCUUAUGUACAGGAUCGUGGGACUCACUGCUUAAAAUCUGGGCGUGGUAA